CUCAAUGGAAUCAAAUCACAAAUCCGGGGAUGGAUUGAGCGGCACCCAGAAGGAAGCAGCCCUCCGCGCACUGGUCCAGCGCACAGGAUAUAGCUUGGUCCAGGAAAAUGGACAAAGAAAAUAUGGUGGCCCUCCACCUGGCUGGGAUGCUGCACCCCCUGAAAGAGGCUGUGAAAUUUUUAUUGGAAAACUUCCCCGAGACCUUUUUGAGGAUGAGCUUAUACCAUUAUGUGAAAAAAUCGGUAAAAUUUAUGAAAUGAGAAUGAUGAUGGAUUUUAAUGGCAACAACAGAGGAUAUGCAUUUGUAACAUUCUCAAAUAAACUGGAAGCCAAGAAUGCAAUCAAGCAACUUAAUAAUUAUGAAAUUAGAAAUGGGCGCCUCUUAGGGGUUUGUGCCAGUGUGGACAACUGCCGAUUAUUUGUUGGGGGCAUCCCAAAAACCAAAAAGAGAGAAGAAAUCUUAUCGGAGAUGAAAAAGGUUACUGAAGGUGUUGUCGAUGUCAUCGUCUACCCAAGCGCUGCAGAUAAAACCAAAAACCGAGGCUUUGCCUUUGUGGAGUAUGAGAGUCAUCGAGCGGCUGCCAUGGCAAGGAGGAAACUGCUACCAGGAAGAAUUCAGUUAUGGGGACAUCCUAUUGCAGUAGACUGGGCAGAGCCAGAAGUAGAAGUUGAUGAAGAUACAAUGUCUUCAGUGAAAAUCCUAUAUGUAAGAAAUCUUAUGCUGUCUACCUCUGAAGAGAUGAUUGAAAAGGAAUUCAACAAUAUCAAACCAGGUGCUGUGGAGAGGGUGAAGAAAAUUCGAGACUAUGCUUUUGUGCACUUCAGUAACCGAGAAGAUGCAGUUGAGGCUAUGAAAGCUUUAAAUGGCAAGGUGCUGGACGGUUCCCCCAUUGAAGUCACCCUAGCAAAACCAGUGGACAAGGACAGUUAUGUUAGGUACACCCGAGGCACAGGUGGAAGGGGCACCAUGCUGCAAGGAGAGUAUACCUACUCUUUGGGCCAAGUUUAUGAUCCCACCACAACCUACCUUGGAGCUCCUGUCUUUUAUGCCCCCCAGGCUUAUGCAGCAAUUCCCAGUCUUCAUUUCCCAGCCACCAAAGGACACCUCAACAACAGAGCCAUUAUCCGAGCCCCUUCUAUUAGAGAAAUUUACAUGAAUGUACCUGUAGGGGCUGCGGGAGUGAGAGGACUGGGCGGCCGUGGCUAUUUGGCAUACACAGGCCUGGGUCGAGGAUACCAGGCCAAAGGAGACAAAAGAGAAGACAAACUCUAUGACAUUUUACCUGGGAUGGAGCUCACCCCAAUGAAUCCUGUCACGUUAAAACCCCAAGGAAUUAAACUCGCUCCCCAGAUAUUAGAAGAGAUUUGCCAGAAAAAUAACUGGGGACAGCCAGUGUACCAGCUGCACUCUGCCAUUGGACAAGACCAAAGACAACUAUUCUUAUACAAAAUAACCAUUCCUGCUCUAGCCAGCCAGAAUCCUGCAAUCCACCCUUUCACACCUCCGAAGCUGAGUGCCUAUGUGGAUGAAGCAAAGACGUACGCAGCCGAAUACACCCUGCAGACCCUGGGCAUCCCCACUGAUGGAGGCGAUGCUGGCACCAUGGCUACUGCUGCUACUGCUUUCCCAGGAUAUGCUGUCCCUAAUGCAACUGCACCUGUGUCUGCUGCCCAGCUCAAGCAAGCGGUAACCCUUGGACAAGACUUAGCAGCAUAUACAACCUAUGAGGUCUACCCAACUUUUGCAGUGACUGCUCGAGGGGAUGGAUAUGGCGCCUUCUGAAGAU